AUGAGCUCCAAUACGUCCAAUCAACUGAAUCAGCAGGCAAAGGAACAACAGUUCUCCAUGCGACUAGAUGACUUGAUACAGCACAUGGAAGGCUUCAAGCGGCAGCGCGAAGAGUGUCGUAAAUGCUAUGAUACGCUUCUUCGAGACUAUCCCGACAGAAUCAAGGACGUCAAUCAACAUUACAUGAACUUCGAAAAGACUAUCAGAGAGGGUCUCAUGGCAACCGUUAUGAAGUCAUGGGGGAUCUCGUUCGAAACACUGCAGAACUUCCUUUUAUCAGAACGCGGAGACUUUCCCUUUGCCGCGGGAUUCUGGAAAUAUCUUGAUCAAGUGGCCAUAUUCGAGGUCGUCUCGUUUCAAGAUUUCAAAAAUCUGCUUUUCAAGGCCCGGCAAAGCAGGCACGCAAGAAACACGACCACAAUUGGAGAUGCCUAUGUGGGUCUUCCUGGCACAAGGGACUUCCUCAUAUACGAUGUCGUUGAAGCAAGCUCCAAACUACCCCUCAGACUACUCCGCAAACUUUUCCCUCGGCUUGAUUCCAAUUUCCAGGCCAAUAUCCGAAAAAGAAUUCGAGCGGAUGGGAACUUUGCACUGGAAGCGGAACUACUCGUGACACAAGACGCAUACCAGGGUAUCAAAGAAGCUUUUGAGGAAAUGAUGUCUGGCCUCGACACUGGAUCGUACUGUAAUGGAGAGAGCACGUGCAAUACAUACAAAGACAUGGCUCAAUUAUCCCCCAUGGGAAAGAAAAGAAGGAUAGAAUGA